AUGUCAUAUCAGUAUUAUUAUCUCAUCAUUACGGAGUAUUCGCGCGAGCGAGUGACAGGCAGUGCCAGUGACACUGACAGGUCCGAUCGCGGUCGGAGAAGCGAGGCUACGAAGCUGCAGCGUGCGUAUGUGUUGGAGGGGGCAGGACGAAAACGUAUUUUCGAUGUUUAGAACGGCAGUGAGUCAUCGUGAAAGCGUGAGAUCACCGUAGUGCAGAUCCUCCGACGACGACGUGCAUCAUGGAAGUGUUAGAUCCUAGCGUCUCGAGGGACGAUCAGCCCCUCUGUAUCAACGAUUCUCUCGAGCGAGUUAACAUACCACAGAUUCCACCAGACACUAGGUCAUGCGUAAAAGCACGUCACACACUGGGUUUCCUGGGUUUCCUCGGUUUCGCCCUUGUAUAUGCUAUGAGGGUGAACUUAUCAGUAGCCAUCGUCUCCAUGGUUAACCAGACCGCAAUUCCGCAUACCGAAGACAAUGAUACCAGCGACGUGUGCCACAAGACCUCGCCGAUGAAUGGAACUUUUAUUCCGAGCGCAGGAGAGUUCGUCUGGAGCGAGAAGACCCAAGGUAUUAUAUUAGGUGCUUUCUUUCUUGGCUAUGUAACCACAAAUGUCCCGGGUGGCAGAAUGGCGGAGAAAAUGGGCGGCAAGUUGAUUUACGGGCUGGGAGUGUUCCUGACUGCUGUUCUCACCGUGAUAAGCCCUUUCGCUGCGUACUGGGGUCUGAUACCGUUCCUAGUUGUACGAGUCGCAGAGGGAUUUACCGAGGGUGUAACAUUUCCUGCGAUGCACAGUAUGCUGGCGCAUUGGGUGCCUCCGUUAGAGAGAAGCAAAUUUGCUGCUCUGGUAUAUGCGGGCGCGAAUUUCGGAACCGUCGUCUCGCUACCAGUGAGCGGCUGGCUAUGUUCCUUGGAGUUGUGGGGUGGUUGGCCUCUCGCGUUUUACUUGUUCGGAGGUCUCGGCCUUAUCUGGUACGUGUUCUGGCUGAUAUUCAUAUACGACACUCCCGCGCAACAUGCGAGAAUUGACCCUUCCGAGAAGGCAUAUAUCGAAGCCAGCGUUGAGAAGAAAGACGAGGACGAUGACGCGGGAGUACCCUGGCUGCAAGUCUUCACCUCUCUGCCGAUAUGGGCCAUCGCUAUUACGCAGUGUGGGCAAUCUUGGGCCUUCUACACCCUCUUGACCGAGCUGCCGACGUACAUGGACAAGAUUCUGCAUCUAAACGUGCAGCAAAACGCGUUCCUCUCAGCAUUACCUUAUCUGAGCGCCUGGCUGGUCGGGCUGGGAAUUUCGAGCUUCGCGGACGCGCUGCUCGCUCGCCGCCUGGUCUCGCCCCUGACCUCGUUCAAGCUCUGGAACACUGUCGCCUCGCUGGGGCCCAGUCUCAGUUUCGUCGGUGCUAUCUGGGCCGGAUGCGAUCGCUUGACGGUGAUGCUGAUGCUCGCCGGGCCGGGCUCCCUUCAGGGCGCGGUGUACGCUGGCAAUCAGAUGAAUCACAUUGCGCUGGCACCGCGCUACGCGGGCACCCUCUACGGAUUGACGAACGCCGCGGCGAACGCGUGCGGCUUCCUGGCGCCGUAUGUUAUCGGCAGUAUAGUGGAGGGUCACGAAACUCUGGCGCGCUGGCAUACGGUCUUCUGGAUGGCGGCGGGAAUAAAUAUGGCUACUAAUUGCUUCUACUUGUUGUUCGCGUCUGCCACCGAACAGCCAUGGAGUAAAGGCAGAAGUUGAUGACAAUGCCGUUUUAGAGGUGCAAUAUUAAACGUGGAAAAUAAUAUACUCUUCAAUCAUGUUGCACAUAGUACAUUUUAAUUCCAGGUGGUCGGCUAAUUGAUAUUCAUUACCGAUCAUCGUUGUCUUGAAAUUAAUUUAAUGUCCUGAUUUUUGUUUCGCGAGUUUGUUUCAGCCUAGUCGUAUUUAUCGCUACACGAUAUAUACAAUGACGAAUGAAUCAUAUUUCAGUAUUAUCAAUACAUGAUAGGCCGCGUGAUCGGUUGUAUUGGCCGACUGGGAUUGAUCAACGUACGUUUUCCUCCCCAUUUUGCUUCAGUAUUUUUCCGAUCGAUCUACACCUCGACGGAAUAUAUGAAAACAUCUACAAUCCCAUGAAGAAACUGAGUAAAUAUAAAUUAUGUUAUUAAUAUGGUAUACAGCGUGUCUUGUAACCAUGCGACUACUGAUCUUCUGAUGAAACAAUUAAUUUUGACAUAUAAGAUUAAAAUGUGUUUUGGAACGUAAAACUUUCGAGAAAAUCGAUAUUAAAGUUAGAAAAUUGAGCGAUUUGUAUGAGACACUCUGUAUAGGAAAGUGGCAUUUAAUUUUAUAAGUUCAUUUCACACACGCGCAACAGCGCAUACGAUAAAACCAAACUUUAACAUUUGAGAAUUCUAUUAUAUACAAUUUUUAUCAUUAUUUAAUAUAUGUAUUUAAUAUAUAUAUAUUAUAUAUAAAUAUUACGUACCUUUUGAAGAUAGAUGGGUGAUAGAUGGGUGAUAGAUUACAGAAAAGCAAUUAAAAUUAUUAGCAGGAUACAUGUAAAAUAUAUAUUAAGUAUAUUUUUUUAUUUAUAAUAAUUUUAAAAAAAAGACAUAUUACUAUAUCGUUAAAUAUUUCGUUAUUAAUUUAUGGCUUUAAAACAAUGAUAUUAUUUACUCGUAAUGCCAAAGGAUAAGUAAGAUCAUUUCUAUGUGAUGGUGUAAAUGAAACACUCUUCAGUGUUAAUGUACGAUUGAUAUAUACAUAUUUCCGAUUGUAAAAAUUAACAUGUGGGAGUAAGUCGUUCUUAAAAUUGAAAACAGAAGCUAAUUUAUUCAUAGAAAUUUCACUCCAAAUAAAUCAUAAUAACAUGGCGUAGAAAUCAUUAACGAUUAUACCUAGCAUUGCAGGAUAAUUUGCAGGAUAACCAUAUGGAAUAUCGCAUGCGCGUAUUAUACGUGUCACGUGUACAUCGUUACUCUACCUGAUGUUUCGAGAACUGCGAAUAUUUAUAUAAUAUAUUAAUUAUAUAUAUUAAUUUGCAAAGUAUAUUAUACAGAGUAAUGUAACCACGUUUUGAAAAUUAUGAGAAAAUAUCACGACGGUAGAUCCUACGUAGCAUGUAGUUGCACAGAAAUUUUAACCGGAUGUAAUGAUUAUGUUUAAUAAGCAAUGACCAAUAAGCGUACAAUAAUCAGUUAUUUAUAUAC